UAAACCGCUCUACGUACAGCUCAGCCCCUUGCAGGAGUGUAGUAAAAGCUGGCCUCAUCCUGUAAUUUGUUUCGCUUCCUGUGGGAGGGGUUUACUUUUCAAAAAGAGAGAGAGAGAGAGAGAGAGAGAGAAAGUUGUAUUACUUUGUAUAAAAACUCCAACAAGAUGUUUGCUUUUGUCAGCAGCACUCCAGAGCAGAGUAACUUGAGCCAAGAUAUUCCAUCAAACUCUACAAAUCAAAUAAGUUUACUGCACUGUGAAAGUUACAAUAAGGACUUGGUGGAGCUGAGUCUAGCACCGUCUCUUUUUAUUUUAGUCCUGCUGUCGUUUGUUGAGCGUAGAAAGAAGAUCCAUGACUGUGAGAGGAGAUUCCUGUGUCUGGCCGGCCGAUUCAGCUUCAUUGUACCUCUGGACUUCACAGGAAAGAUGCAGAACCGAUGGUCUUAUGCUUUAGCCUUCGGUGCCUUGACCCCCCACGUUAUUGAUCAAAUAAUCGAUGACACAAAAGAUGACGAAUUGCUGCCUUACCUAAAAGUUUUCGUACAACUCAAAUCCGCGUUGCUGGUAAGCAUUGCCUGCAUGCCAUUAUUCUCUUGUCUGUCAACACCACACCGACUGCUCGGAGGAGUCCUGGGGCUGCUGUAUUCCCUCUCAUGGUUUGCUGCACAGAUGUGGUUUGUGGUCGCGUGCAGAACAAUAAAACCAAAGGGAAAUGAUUUCCUGGAUUACAUGAUGCGGAUAGGGUUGUUAUUAGAUAUCCCACAGAUCUUUUGCUUGGGAUUCCUGUUGUGCCGCUUUGGUUCUAUCAUAUUGAGAGGAAUACAGAACCGCUUGAGCGAUUACAGCAAGCAGGAGGAAGUGAAGAAGCACGAGUACAAAUAUGUACAAUGUUUGCUGAGACGGGCUGCCGGAGUGUCUGUUCAAAAGAACUGGUUCCAGAGAAAUGUGUAUGAGUGGGAUCCAUAUUUUAAAUUUCCAAACAGGAUUAUCGCCACCAUCGUGCUCUCCGUCUACGGGUUAUAUUUGACAGUGACAGGGGAGCAGAUAGUAAGUUGGUGGGUCACCGUGAAUGUGUACAAAUUGCAAGAAAUGUUUAAACCUUUCCUGAAUGAAACAUCCUUUUCCAAACACCUGAACUAUUUCACAUACUCCUGGUACAUCUCAUCAGCUUGUGCUGCGCUCACGUGUGUCAUUCACAUCAGUGAGGUGUUGGUGUGUUACAGCGUCUUAGGGAGGCAGAGGCUGGAUCUUUGCCUCGUUCUGUCCGCUUUCUGCCCCUUGAAACACAUAAAAUCCCUACGCGUUGGGGAAAAGAAAUUCCUGCCAAAGACGUAUAAACUGGACCCUGCACAUGGAGUGAUUGGACUUUUGAAGUAUCCCGCCUAUCAGGUCGCCUUCACAAUCUGGGGUUACGUUAUCUUGCACAGUGUGAUGUUUAUUCUCGGCCUGAUGUUUAUGUAUCUGGUUAUAUCACCGAUUGUGGAAGAUGGAUUUCUAGACUGGCUAAAGGGGUUUGCCAUCACUAUAGAGCAUGUCUUUAUCUUACUUGUGCUGAUGGGGCUGCAGCGCAUGCUGGGACAUGUCUUUUUUCUACAAGACAAAACCUUGCCUACGGAUGAGGGCAAGCCAUUAGCACUCAAUAACAGGAAGGCCUUCCACAACUUUAACUACUUCUUCUUUUUUAUUAACAUGGUCUUGGGCUUUAUGAGCUGCUUGUGGCGUGUUAUUCAAAGCGCCUCUGUGGGUCUGAUGCUGCUGUCAUGCAUCAAUAGGACGAUAAUGCCAGUGGGUUUCGAGAAGCUGGACAAAAGUUACUGUACAUGGUUGGGAAUGAUAAUGGUGGACCAUUAUCACACUAAUCCAGUCCUUGUGUGUUUCUGCCACCUUCUGCUCAAACACACUUCAGACGGUCUCCAAGACAGCGAGUACUUCCGCCUAAACCCUGAGCCACUAGCAAAGGACCGAGUUCGCACUCGUUGGCUUGUCGUGUACACCCUACUGAGGAACCCUAAACUCAUCCUGCUUAGAAAGAAACACAAGCAAAAUAAACACAAAGAAGCUGAGCGUGCCUUCACUUGGGCCGUCUCAAACAUGGGGUAAAAACCAACAACACAGGACUGCAGACAAGCUCAAGAAUGUUUUUAUUAUUGAAAGGUAGUAUCAAAAAGUUUUGAGAAAUGUGCGUUACAGAUCUGGUCACUUUCACUGUACGCCCUCCCUCAUAGGCAAAAACCCUUAAAACCCAAGCGGCAGAUACAUGCCGGCAACUCAGCAUAGGUCAAUAACACUUAAAUAAUAUAUAUCUGUGCUUACAUAGAAGAUUUUUGGAUAUGUCCGAUAGAACAGAAGUUAUUAUUACCAUUAUUAAGCAGCAACACGGCACAUGUUCAAAUCAUACCUCAGAAUUGCCUGGACUGAUUCUUAUAACACACUGACAAAGGCAGCAAAUGCUGUGGGUUGUUCUCUGACUAUCAUCGUGCUUGCCAUUCAAAACUCCUAAACGACUCAUUGCAGAUUUGCCCGGUUUCAUCCAGAAUUUCACAUUUGCUCUUAGUUUUAAAUUGCCGUCCAUGAUGAAAUAGCAGAUGUAGUACUGUACAUGGUCAGAAAAGCACCAGUUGCACAGCUCCUGAUGUUCACAAGAUGGUGUCUUUUGGCACACUGACUUAUGAAGGUUGGGGUUUCCUGUGACUGCAUGCAGCUUUGUGCUGCCUUCUGUUGGUGUGUUACAAAACUGGUCUCACAACUUUUUGAUACCACCUUGUAUUAUCAUUUGAUUAUUUUAUCACUAAUGCAUUAAUCGCUUGAUGGUAUGUAGUACUGUAUCAUGGCACUCCUGUGUAACUUUAGCAAGCUAGCACCAGGUAACAAUAAAAUUCUUACUUUUUGCUAAAUUAAUUAAUUUUUAAUGUUUUUAUACAUGAAUAUAUUAAUGUACAAUUACAUUACAUAAAUACAGUCUGAUUCACGACCAUCAUGAAACCUGUGGUAACUUUUAGCACUCUAGCAUUUACCUUCAUUGGUAACUUUAGCAAGCUAGCAUUUGCCACCUGUGAAAAAUAUCAGCAUUUUUCAAAAAGGCUGGAUAAAAGUAUUGUGAAUAAAUUGGGGGAACCUUUGAAAUGCUGGUGUGAGUGAGUAGUGAUAUGGUGGCGUAAGUGAACACGUGUGUCUAAUAUGGAGAGUGUGGUAGAGAUGCAAAACUAGAUGAAAUGAGGCUGUGUUUAAGUAGGUUUAUACAGUAUUUAUUGGGUGAAAGGGGGUCAUUUGCAGUUGUGUGGGAAGACCAGUGACAAUAAUAUUUUGAUAUUCAAAUAUUACAUUUCACUUUAUUGUUGCUUUAAUUGCUGAAUCCAAAUACUGCUGGUUCUUGAAUUUGGUCACUCAUUGGUAUUAGCGUUUAAAUUAUAUAGCUUUUCUGUUUGAGAAAAGAGACUAUGUCGCCACAUCAAUGGGACGUGGCGACAUAGCUUACAGCAUGUUAUGGUUGUUGAACCGCUGGAUGUCCAGGUGGUGCUCUGAAAAUAAUGUAGGCUUCAUAGACAAUUGGAAGACCUUUGAGGGCAAAGCUGGCCUGUUAGGGCGGGACGGUGUCCAUCUCACUGGGGAAGGUGCUGCUCUCAUUUUCUUUAGUAUAGCUCAUUGUCUCAGAAGAGGCCUAGGCCAGGGAAAUUGCGCUACUGUUGGUCGAAACAGGAGAGGAGGAAGGCGUGUUUAAACGCAGAGAGAGAAAAGGAAGGGCAAGAGUUUAGGAGUGAUAGUAGGGACUUUGAAUGUUGGGACUAUGACAGGGAAGGCAAGAGAGUUGGUUGAUAUGACGCAGAGAAUAAGGGUGGAUAUACUGUGCAUAUACAGGCAAGUUGGAAUGGGUGGAGAAAAGCUUCAGGUGUGUGAAAAAAAAAAAAAAAGAGUAUCAGCGAGAAUGAAAGGAAAGGUGUACAGGACAGUGGUGAGACCAGCGAUGCUCUACAGCUUAGAGACAGUGGCAAUAAAGAAAAGACAAGAGGCAAAGUUGGAGGUGGCAGAGCUGAAGAUGUUGAGGUUCUCCUUGGGAGUCACAAGGAUGGAUAGGAUAAAGAAUGAGUUCAUCAGAGGGACAACCAUGUUAGAUGCUUUGGAGAUAAAGUCAGAGAGGCCAGUUGUCUUAAAUGUUAGACCUGUAAAUCUUAAAUGCAUUUGGGUUUUUUGAUAUGUCGUGUAAAAUUAAACUCAUUACUUUUGAAAAAAUGCACAUUUUACUACUUCCGGAAUGACAAUGAAAAAAUGUAGAACUCACAAAAUGCGCAUAUUACUAUAUAUUAUGUUCUUUAUAUAAAUGUAUGUUUAACAGGAAGGGUUUACAUCUUGUGUCCCUUUAUUUUAGACUGCAUAGUUAAUGUAUGCAUUCUUCUUCCUUCUAUUAUUAUUAUUGUUGUUAUUAUUGUUAUUAUUAUUAUGGUCACAUAUGAUUUUCUAAAUCUGUUCUAUUUCUUGUCGAUAUGAUAAUUUUUUUAAAAAAAAUUCUUAGUCAUGUGUAUAAGUUUAGUUAUAAUAAAAUAAAAUUGAGUUCAUUAUAUUGCCUAGGUUGUGUUGAAAAAGAUGUCACUCUAUAUUGCACAAUCCUAUAUACAGUGGAACCUCGGAUUACGAGCUUAAUUCGUUCCGGAAGCGGGCUCGUAUUCCAAAACACUCGUAAACCAAAUUUAAUUUACCCAUAGGAAAUAAUGGAAACUUAAAUUAUUUGUUCUACAGCCCAAAAAAAUUAAUACAUAAAAAUAAUUAAUACAAAAUAUAAAGUAAAAAUAAAACAAAUUAACCUGUACUUUACCUUAAAAAAAUUAAAAAUAAAUCCCGACAGAUAAGGGUUUUCGUUUGUGCACGCAGGGUGUAUGUGUGUAAAAUGUGCACGCGCACACACACACACACAUUAACGGAUAGACCGUUUUUAAAAAUUAGCAAGGAACAUUCCUAGUCACACUCAGGUGAGCGCAUACUAACAGGAUCACUGCUGUAAGUAAAACAACAACAAAAAAAAAAUUAAACAGCUCCUCACCUUUGAAAACAAUCGCGACAGAGAAGAGUUUGUGUGUUUAUUUGGCAACAUGAGAGAAGGGGGGGCUGAAGGAGGGCUCGCUCGCGUUUACAGCCCCCUUCUCUCAGGUUGCCAAACAAACACACAAACUCUCUGCCUUACACAGACACAAACACACGCACACUCAAAAACACUGCAGGCACUAAGACCCAGCAGGGGAGACGAUAGGUCUCGGCUUUACAGCUCCCCUUCUCUCAGGUGAUUUUGCAGAAUUGCAAAAGUAAAAUUAAACUGGCAAAUGGCAAACAACCUUUACUUUCUGUACAAUUGUCAUUACCAGUAAAGAACUAAAAUACAACAUACAGAUUUUACAUUUAUGAUUAAAUGUUCAACAUUUGGUGGCAUGGUGGUGUAGUGGUUAGCACUAUCACCUUGCACCUCCAGGGUCUGGGUUCGAUUCCCGGCCAGGCUCGAUUCCUGUCUCUGUGUGCAUAAAGUUUGCAUGUUCUCCCCGUGCUAGGUGGGUUUCCUCAGGGUUCUCCAGUUUUCCUUCCAAAGAUAUGCAGGUUAGGCUAAUUGCCGUUCCCAAAUUGCCCAUAGUGUAUGAGUGAGUGUGUGUGUAUGUGUGUGCCCUGCGAUGGAUUGGCAUCAUGUCCAGGGUGUACCCUGCCUCGUGCCCUAAGCCUCCUGGAAUAGGCUCCAGGCCCCCCGCGACCUUGAAUACAGGAUACAGCGGUAUACAGUAGAAGGUGAGUGAGUGUUCAAUAUUUUCUCAUGUUUCCCACAAUUUCUCCCACACAUGCUCUAAACCUGCAAAUGUUUAAUUGUCCAGUGUGUGUUAGAGAAAUGUGCAUUUUAUCGCCAGGCCUCGUUGUCACGUCAGCAAAAACCACUUUACCAAGUAUUAUUCAUCCAGCGCACCACCUACUUUACCUGCCGCAGAUCAAACGAAGAAGACAAUGCGGACGGUGAAGGUGGGUUUUACUUUGUUAAACAACCCGUAGUAAUUAUUGACAAGAAGUCAGAAUGU